AUGGAUUUACCCCUCGAGUUUUCUGACAUAGUGCCUAGUGAGAGUAUCUGCAAGCCUUCCUCUGCUUCAGCUUCUUCAUCAUCCAAAGGUUGUGAGAGUCAAAACUCGCACAAUAGAAAUUGUUUUAAGGGUUUCUUCAAAGAACGAGUCUUUGUGAGAUUCUCAAAGAACAACAAAAUUGUUGAUUACCGCAGACGUCAUUUCUUGAAGGUUCUGUCCCGAUCCGAUGUUCCUCCGAGCCGGGUUGAGUUGGCUCUCAGGCAUCUUAAGGUCCGCCUCGGGGUGAUUCUCCGGAUUGCUGUCCGAGGCGCUUCAAGAUCAGGUCGGGGAAUCCUUUGUGGUGAUGUUCCGAGGCGUUUUUGGCGUCGCCUCGGGACAUUUCCUCGACAUAAUCCCCGAGGUUUUUUGGGCUUGGCUCGGGAUGGUUCUUCGACAAGGUCGCCGAGGCGUUAA